UGAACGAUUACGCUGGACUGCAUCAUGAUAAAAGCUCCCGGCCCUUUAAGGGACCCUGGGGCCGUCAGACCCCUCGAUGAUGUCACAUGGGUGCCCGGGGGCCGGUGGGAGUGUGAGGAGUCCAGACACACUCACAGACCUCAGAGCGCUGGAGACGGAGCCACCGACGGCACAGACAUUCAGUGAUGGCGUCGUCCGGUGAGAGCAGUGCUGCGGAGGAUCAUCAGGAUGAAGCAGCGAGUGUUAAAGACGUUCAGUCGCAUUACUUGCGCUGUCCUUCGCCCAGCUUCUCCAUGAUGUCCGACCGCUUCUCCACCGUUUCGGACCGUUUCUCCAUGAUCUCGGGCUCAGAAGCAGAAAGUAUCUUCAUGGACCCGAUUCAUCUGUCAUCCUCCAUCGCUGCCAAGAAGAUCAUCAGUGAAGAGCUGAAGCCCAGAGACGUCCGGACGCAGUCGACUCCUGACAGCAUGCUGGAAUCCGCCGAGCAGCUGAUGGUGGAGGAUCUGUACAACCGGGUGAAGGACAUGAUCGACGACCGCAGCCUCUACAACACGCCGUGUGUGCUGGACAUCCAGAGAGCGCUGAUCCACGACCGGCUGGAGGCUCCGUUCAACCCCGUGGAUGAAGUCUGGCCCAACAUCUUCAUCGCAGAGAAGUCCGUGGCGGUGAACAAAGCCCGUCUCAAACGCCUCGGCAUCACUCACAUUGUGAACGCCGCUCACGGCACCGGCGUCUACACGGGCCAGCUGUUCUACCAGGGCAUGAACAUCACCUACAUGGGCAUCGAGGUGGAUGAUUUCCCAGAUGCAGACAUCUCUCCUUACUUCCGCUCGUGUGCUGAGUUUCUGGAUGACGCUUUGCUGACACACAGGGGCAAGGUGCUGGUGGACUCGAUGAUGGGCGUGAGCCGGUCAGCCGUGCUCGUCGCUGCUUACCUCAUGAUCUUCCAGAACAUGAGCAUCAUGGAGGCCCUGCUGGAGAUCAGGAAGAAACGUGCCAUCAACCCCAAUGAAGGAUUCAUAAAGCAACUGCGGCAGCUCAACGAGACCCUAAUGGAGGAGCGAGAUGAAGACGAUGACGACACCCUCAGUCAGUGCUCUGUGAUUGACACCCGCGCUCGUCUCGACGAGGAGGAGAGCAUGUUUGGAGUUAAAGCCGACUCUAUUAUGGUGGACGAGGAGGAAGACGGCGGCAGCGUCAUGAGUAGUGUGGCUUCUUCUGCUGCCGCCGCCGCGCUGAGAGCAGGACUUCUUGGCGGCCCAAACAAACCCGAGCCGGAGGAGACCGCAAAGGACCCGACGCUCCCUGGAAAAGACAGGGAUGAUGAAGACGGGGAUGUGGACGGCAUGAUAAGGGAGUGGCAGAAGCGAAACGAGAAGUACCAAAACGAGGACUGGUGGGAGGCGCAGCUACUGUGCGACGGGGAGGACGGCGAGUCUUUGCUGGGCGAGAGGAAGCAGCCGGCCGUGCGACCGGAGGACCUGGAGAGCGUGACCAGCGAAGAUGUACAAAUGGUGAAGGAACGCAUCAGACGUCGCCCCCGUCGACCCGCUUCAGAUUCAGGAUCCACAACCAGCUGCAGCAGUUACGCCGAUCUCUGGAAGCAGCGUCUGAAGGAGAUCGAGGAGCAGGCCGCCGCACGGUACCGACUCAAAGAGGCUGACGAGGACACUAACAGCGAAGCAAGCCAGAAGAAAAUUGACGAUGAUGUCGAGAGUAUGCUCUCCGACAGCAGCUCCAUGUACAACUUCUGCAAAAAGAACAAAGAAAAUCUAACUCCUCUGGAGAGGUGGAAGAUUAAGCGAAUUCAUUUCGGAUGGAACAAAAAAGAGGAGAACGGAGAGCAGACGGAGGCUGAGACGGAAGCGCCCGCUCCCUCGUUGGAGGACGUCAACUUAACGGCCUAUCAGACCUGGAAACUGAAGCAGCAGAAGAAGCAUGGCGGUGAAGAGAACAAGGACGAAAUUCUGGAAAUGAGUCGAGCAGAGGACCCGGCCACGCUCAAGAGAAGACAGCGAAGAGAGGAGCUUCUGGAGCGCACACGGAAAACACUGGAGGAGAGCCAGUCGGUGUGCGGCUGGGAGACCGAGAGCGCUCUGAGCGGCGGGAGCAGCAUCCCGCUGUCGGCUUUCUGUGCAGGAGCCUUCCCGUCCGCAAGCGUCGCCGGAGACGAUAACAUGUCUGUGCUGAGCGGAAGGUCCUCUGUCCUUUCCGGGCGAAGCACACGAUCCCAGCCUCCUGUUCCCCAAGAGCCUCCUACACCACCGGCUCCGGUCAUUGGACCUAACGGCGAGCCCAUGGUAAACCUUGCCAAUAUCCAAAACUGGAUUGCCAACGUCGUCAAUGAGACUCUCAUGCAGAAGCAAACAGAGAUGAUGAUGGGAGCGAGUCUCGCCCCUUCCAGAGCGGGAUCAGUGUUUAGUCUGGGAGCACGUGGAGUAGACGAUGAUAAAGUCUCGGUGUUGAGCGGAGCCACGUCCUCGAGCGUACUGUCCCGAAGUAGAGCCGAGUCCGUCCGGUCUGUGCUGUCGGCUGGCGGUUGGGCCGAAUCCGUGCUUUCUGCCGGAGGAGCAUCCAACCUCUCCUCGGUGUCCGGUUUGGGCUCACGGAGAAGCAAGAUUACUACAACCAGUGUGCCGCUGUACAGCCUCUUCCAAGACCAGGUGAACCUUCACAAACUGGACACCAUGGAGAAGGAAAUCAAGUCCGACAUGCGGGAAAAGAUGGCGUCUUAUGAGGUGAAGAAGAUCGCAGAGGACAACAAGCGCAGCACAUUAUACAAGAAGAAGAAAACAAAGGAGGAGGACAAUGAGGAUGAGGCCGGACUUGGAAAGUCCAAUGGAUUUGAGGAUCUGGCAGCCCUUUCCUCUGAGAAACCCAAACCCAAACCCAAAAGAGAUUACGGCCGUUCAGGAAUACUGAACCUUCCGGCUUCAGCCAAUAACCCCACCAGCAGUAUUGAUGAAUGGCUCAAAAAUGUAAGACCUCCUCCGAGCAAACCAAAGCCGUAUGAUGGAGACGUCGAGCCUCUCCGCAUGACUCGGCCAUCCGGGAUCGAGGAACCCUCGGAGUUCGACUUUCCGAGCCGCAGGAGCUCAAUUUCAGUGGAUGAAGAAGCAGAAGCGGAGGAAUAUAGCUUUGCCUCAAGAUUUUCAUCCCGGCAUCUGGCUGACGCUGACAUGGAUUUGGAUCGAGAUCCCAGUCCAGAGUUUAACUAUCGGUCUCGGAGGUCUCCGCCUUCUGUUGAGCCGUCGUAUAACGGCUUAAGUGAAGCUACUAAUUACAGAACCAGGAGAUCUUAUGCAAGAUAUGAGGAGGAGGAGGAAGAGGAGGUCAGUUAUCAGAGCUACUCAACAAAGCAGAAAUUACAUGAGAACACUGAGACUGUGAGGACGGCGAAAACUGGACAGGAAGACGAGGAAGAUGAUGAAAUCUCUGCUUUCAUUGCUCAGAUAAAGCAGAGGGCGAGAGCGCGGCUGGCCGAAGAAAUGGAGGAUGAUGAAGUUCUUUCCGCAUGGAGGAAACAGGAGGAGUCAAAGUCACAUGUUCACAAAAAAUAAUAAAAAAAUAGUCUAUGUAAGUGUUUCAUAUGUGCAAAAUGACAAUUCAUAAAAGCAAAACUGUUCAGUAUGAGACUCUGAAAUGAUGGACCUUCAGUCUAUACUGUAUAUAAACAAACAACUGUACUAAAUGACAUUGUUGCAUUCAUUAUAAAAUGAAAUUUUUUCAAGAUUCUUGCGUUCAGGUUUUGUUAUGACAUAGAGAACAACUUCCUAAAGUCAAGAGCAGAUUAUGUCAUAAAAAUAAAGGUUCUUUACUGGCA